CUUCUCGCUGCCUCUGCCCGGCUCACAGUCCAGAGCCCCGCCGCACGGCCCGCGGUGCUACAGCCCGGCGGAGGAGAUCGCACUCGACGGCGGGGAGAAGGCCCGAUGCUGACCGACCCGGGCGCGGCUCCGGGAACCCCACCGCCGGCGAGAUGAGCGUGACGCCCAGCUGCACGACGACGCCGAACACGAACAUCACCUUGUGCGUGGACCACGGCGCGGUGCACCGGCUGCACCUGGCCUGGAACGGGACGGUGCUGGCCGCCGCCCUGCCGCUCAACGCCGCCGCCCUGUGGGCGUUCGUGGGGCCGCUGCGCCUGCGGACGGCGGUGACCGUCUACCUGGCCAACCUGGCGGCCUGCGACCUGCUCUUCGCCCUGUCGCUGCCGCUCCGCCUGCUGUACUACGCCACCGGCCGCUGGACGCUGGGCGACGCGCUGUGCCGGCUGGCGGGCUCCCUCUUCCAGCUCAACAUGUACGGCAGCUGUCUGUUCCUCACCGCCGUCAACGUGGACCGCUACCUGGCCCUGGCCUGCCCCCUCCGCUCCCGGGCCUUCAACCGCCGCAGCGUCUCCUGGAAGGUCUGCGGGGCCGUCUGGACCCUCAUCGCCCUGGGCUCGGUGCCCGUGGCCAUGGUCCACGACAGCAGCAAAUGCCUGGCGUCCGGCUCCAGCGACGAGCAGACACGGUGUUUCGAGGGCUUCUCCGACCACGCCUGGCGGAGUGAGCUCCUGCCGCUGGUGGCGGUGGCCGAGAUCCUGGGCUUCCUGCUACCCCUGGCCACCGUCCUCUACUGCUCGGCACGGGUGCUGGAGGCCCUGUGGAAGGGCGGCGUGCUGGGCGGCCCGGCCGGGCAGCGGAAGUCGAAGGGGAAGUGGAGGCGGAAGACGAUCCUUCUGCUGGUGGCCAACGCGCUCAUCUUCGUGGUCUGCUUCGCCCCGUACAACCUGGUGCUCGCCGUCUACGCCCUGUCCCGCUCCGACCUCCUGAACCUGAGCGGGGCGUCGGAGAAGACGCUGCGGCUAACCCUCCAGGUCACCGUCCUCCUGUCCGGCACCAACUGCUGCCUGGACCCCCUGGUGUACUACUACAGCACCGAAGGCUUCCGCUCCACCUUCCGGGGGGUGGCGGCGGGCCGCUCCGCGCUGACCAGCCGCGCCCGCAGCCAGGUCACCGAGGUGAACAGGAUGCUGCGGCUCGAGCGGGUGAGGGAGACCCGCGACGAGAGCGUCGUGUGAC